CUAAGUCCUCCUCCCCUUCCAGGGCCGUCUGCCGGGAUCUCCUCCCCUUCUCCGGCGGGUCCUCCGGCGGCUCCCGCGCCUGGUUUUACAUGUGGCACCCAUAAAAGAUGAGGCUGAGAACACGAAAAGCUUCUCAGCAAUCCAAUCCAAUCCAAACACAGCGCACUGCCAGAGCAAAGAGGAAAUAUUCAGAAGUUGAUGAUAGCCUACCUGCAGGAGGAGAAAAACCACCGAAGAAUGAAACCGGCUUGUUGUCUUCAAUUAAAAAAUUCAUUAAAGGAAGCACACCCAAGGAAGAGAGAGAAAAUCCUUCGAAACGGAGUAGAAUUGAACGUGAUAUAGAUAAUAAUCUGAUCACAUCAACACCAAGAGCAGGAGGAAAACUUAACAAACAGAUAUCUCGAGUAAGACGGAAAAGUCAAGUAAAUGGAGAAGCUGGUAGUUAUGAAAUGACAAAUCAACAUGUAAAACAAAAUGGAAAAUUAGAAGAUAACCCUUCCUCUGGCAGUCCUCCAAGAACUACAUUGUUGGGGACCAUAUUUUCUCCUGUCUUCAAUUUUUUUUCACCAGCAAAUAAAAAUGGAACAUCAGGAUCCGAUUCCCCAGGACAGGCUGUGGAAGCUGAAGAGAUAGUAAAACAACUUGAUAUGGAACAGGUGGAUGAGAUCACUACCAGUACUACUACAUCAACUAAUGGAGCAGCUUACUCAAAUCAAGCAAUUCAAGUGAGGCCAUCAGUAAAUAAUGGUUUAGAAGAAGCAGAAGAAACAGUUAAUCGUGAUAUCCCACCCCUUACAGCACCAAUAACUCCAGAUAGUGGUUAUUCAGCAGCCCAUGCAGAAGCCACUUACGAAGAAGACUGGGAAGUGUUUGACCCCUAUUAUUUCAUCAAACAUGUUCCACCACUGACAGAAGAACAACUAAAUAGGAAACCUGCUCUUCCAUUGAAAACAAGAAGCACACCAGAAUUCUCCCUAGUUUUAGACCUGGAUGAAACACUAGUACACUGUAGUCUAAAUGAGCUAGAAGAUGCAGCACUUACCUUUCCAGUCCUUUUCCAAGAUGUCAUUUAUCAGGUUUAUGUGAGAUUAAGGCCAUUCUUCAGGGAAUUCUUGGAACGAAUGUCUCAGAUGUAUGAGAUCAUUCUUUUUACUGCUUCUAAGAAGGUGUAUGCAGACAAGUUACUGAACAUACUAGACCCUAAAAAGCAACUGGUCAGGCACCGACUUUUUCGUGAACAUUGUGUUUGUGUACAAGGAAACUAUAUAAAGGACUUAAAUAUCCUUGGAAGAGAUCUUUCAAAAACUAUAAUAAUUGACAACUCACCACAAGCCUUUGCAUAUCAGCUAUCUAAUGGAAUUCCUAUAGAAAGCUGGUUUAUGGAUAAAAAUGACAAUGAACUCCUAAAAUUGAUUCCAUUUCUGGAGAAGCUUGUAGAACUGAAUGAAGAUGUUCGACCUCACAUCAGAGACAGAUUUCGCUUGCAUGAUUUGCUGCCCCCAGAUUAAGUACAAAGACGUGUCAAAUCAUGAAGGGGGAGAGAAUGCAGGACCCUUUUGGACUAAGACAAAACAUUGCCAUUACUGUUGAAAUUUUGCAUUUUUGUACCCCGUCUUGCUUUUCUUAUCUUUGGUGCCCAAUAAUAAUCAAGGGUUACAGAAAGAGACUUUAUCUCAGAUUGAAUACAUACAGUAGGUAGGCUAAAACAGAAGAGUCUUUAGAACUAGUGCAACUCCAGUGAAAUUUUUUUAUGUACAGGACAUCUGCAGUUUAUAAAGAAUUCUGUUUCUGCCACCAGCAGUUUGACCUGUUGUCACACAGGAUUUUAUGAUAAUAACAGAGAUGAAAAUGGACUUUUUAUUUUCUCUCUGUUUGGUGCUCUAAGUGGGUUUGUAGCCACUUUUCUGUUACUUUAAGAUUCUCAUUUCAACAGGAAUGGCCAGUAAAAGUUGUUUUAUUUUCCUGUUAAGGUUUAUAACCUUUUUACAUUUUUGACCUGUAUUAGAUUAGAAUUUCAUUAUGCAUUCCUUUUAGUUGAGGCGCUUCAUAGUUUUCUGGAAAUAGUCAGUUUUUAGUUUUUUAUUAUACAUUUGAAUGGCCGUUUUCCUGCUUUGUCUGCCUGCAUAUUGUAUAUUUGUUUAAAAAUAUUCUCUACUUUUAGUCCAUGUAAGUUUCAUUUAGAAAGACAUGCAUUUAUAUUUUGUUUCUGUAAUAUUCUGUAGGUGAAAUCUUUUCAAAAAUCAAGAGACUGGGUAGAUAAGAAUAUAUGAAUGACUAAUAUUCAAAUGAUUUAAACCAUUGUGAUGGCAUGUGUUCCCAAAUGGUAAUAUCUUGCAAUGGCACACAGAUUUAAUGGAUAAAGGUAUACCUCAGACUUCACUGUGCUCACCAAUCUUUGAGGAGAAUGUGUUUGGUCACCUUUUGGGCUUGAUUUGGUUACUGCUGCCUUUGGUUUCCUCCAGAAAUGAAGUACUCAGCACAGUGACUCGGUAUUUUUAAUUACUUUGCAUGGGCUGGUAGUACCUCUGUUAUGCUCUCGGUUACAAUCAAUUUAAAACUCUGUGUAACAGUCUUGGUACCUUACAGUAGCUAUGCAUAAUCCUGUGGCACAGUAAACUCCCAAGCCACCAAUGCAGUUAAUAUGCUCUCAUAGUGGGUUUUCUAUACUAUAUGAAAAUAGUCUUCAAGCCUUGGUUCUCUAAUGCAGCUACCACAAGAGGUUGAUAUUUUUAUAGUGGCGUGUAAUCUCCUUUUCGGGAGGCUUUUUAUGGAAGGUAGAAUUUGUAAGGUUAGUAUGCUUUGCCUCUCAACUGCAUUAACAUGCCACAGGCUCAGACUGUUUUUGUGUAAAGGAUGUCAAAGAACGGCACUUUUUCUAAAGAGAAGUUUGAUAUUUUGUAUGCUUGUUAAGAAAGUACAGUAUUGGAAAUUAAAGGUGGACAACUGAUAAUUGAGGAGUAUGUCACUUAAUUUUUUAUGUAUAUUACCUGUUUACUUGUACAACUUACUGUACAAAUUACAUGCAGCUUCAUUUUCAAAUGAAUCCUUAAAAUAAGGAAAUCUUUUUAGGAAAACAUUUAAUUUUUGUAUUUUUGAUUUUAAAGGCAUGAGUUAUGUCAAUUUUCAGUGUAUUAAUGAAAAUUUUAACUUUUCAUCAGGUUGAGUGUUUUCUUACUAUAUUAUCUGUUGUGUAUGUAGUUAGCAUAUUGUGUCACUGAACUGUUUAAAAAUCUAGCAUGUAGAGCAAGCCUGUUUUGUGGAAAAUCCUUAUUCAUUAAGUAAUCAUGGCAGGUUUUCUGCAAAAAAGAGCAGAAGCAUUUGCAAUUCAGAAUACUGGUUUUUUUGUUUUGUUUGUUUUUGUUUUAAUUUAAAGAAAGGUAUUUUGCUUGCAGGAAAAAAUACUACAGAUUCAUUUUAAUGAGACUCUUUGAGAUGUAUUUAUCUUUAGGGCAUCUGGGCAUCUUUAUGCUGUUUGUCUUCUGUCUUUCUUGAAAUAAAAUGUACAUACGUUACCUUUACAUAUGCUCUUGCUCAAAAUUGUGAACCUAGUUACAUUUCUCCUUGCUCCCUUUUUAUGCUCAAACAGCAAAAUCCAAACUUAUACAAGAUCUAAACUUUCAGCAUGCAUUAUAAUUGCUGAAAGCUUUUCUGAUUAAGUAAAUACAGUCUCAAAGGGCUUUCCCAUAACUUGAAGGGAAAUGUAAGCACCUAUACCACUGUGCCUGUGGGCACUUUAAAUGAACACCCACUUUAAUCAUCUUGUAUUAAUAGUAAAGCUGUUUUCAGUCCCAUGCUAGGGAGUGUUCCCUAAAAUAGACUGACAAAAGAAUCAAGCAUAACAAGAUUCUGUAAAGAAAUAAACUAAGGGAAAUUUUGUGUGGCCUGAGAAAAUUUCUUGAGACCAAUUUAUAUAUAUAUUUUUCAUUACCUGACUUGAGUCAUUUUAAAUUUAAUACAGAAUUUUAAAUAAUUUAUAGAGACAACUAUCCAGCUUCCUUCCACGUUAAUGUUUUACCGUCUCAUUACCCCUUUUCUUUAUCUGUUUAUAGAUGUUAUCUUAAACACUUCCAAUUGGUUAAGCGGAGGUGUAUAUUUUAUGAACCUGAGAUGUGCCCAGCCCCUACAGUUCACACAGUAAACAUAAACUCUUAAAAACUGACUAUAGUAAAUGCAGGAGAGAUGGAUACCUGAUAAGACACAGCAAAAGUGACCUAUAUACACAUUACUCUGAAGUACAUAUUAUAAUUGUGAUAUUUCCAGUGAUGUCUGACUUUUAAGACAUUCUUUUAAAUAUUUGUAUUAUUGUUAGAAUGUUUUAAUCAGUUAUGUUUUUUAAUUCCAUGUAAUAUAUGUAGCCCUAAUAAGAUUUAUAUCACCAAAUUUCUCCUUGGGUCUUAAAAGAAUUAAUAACAAUUUAAAAUCAUAAAUUGUUUUAUAUUAGCUAGUAUGUAUAUUUAUUUACCCGAUGGCUUUAUCUUGUUUCCCAAAAUUUGGGGAGAAUUUGUUGAAAGCAUUGUGACUUCUAUAAAUGGCUAUUUUCUUGUAACUGUCCGUGAAAAUGUAUGUGUACUUUUUUUUUCCCCAUUUCUCUAGUUUUUCCGUUUUGUUUUUAAGGUUAAACAUAGAAUGGUGUGUUUUUUUAAAGUUCUCUUUGGCCAAUGACUUUUUCAACUAGAUAUUACUUUCGUUCAACCUUCUAAAGAAGUUCAUUUUUCAUUGUUUUGUUCAGUCAACUUACCUGAAAAACAGAGACUUCAUCUCAUCAAUGAAGAAAGUAUUUCAUUAUUCCUACAAAUCUUUACAGCGAGCACAGAAUUCUUCAUAAUAAGGAUCAGAUCUUUUCCACAUCUGUGUCAAUCACAUAAAGCUGAAACGUAAAGGACACUGAAGCCUUCAUUUAUUGUACUAACAUGGUGGUGUUAUAUACUACAUCAUUAGCUAGUUAAGGUUUUCUGACCUAAUUUCUCUGUCUUCCUAGAUAUUUAUUUGUUAUCUCUUUUAAUCUUGUGUAUCUAAAAUUAAGUUAGUUAAUAGUUACCCAUCGAAUAACUAUGCCAAGCAACUAGGAAAGAAUGUUUAUUUUAUUUCCCCUUAUAGGGGAAGAGUGGACUGGGAACAAAAAUGUAUGGGCCAAAAGGCCUUAGGUUGUCAUUCAUUCACUUUCUUAUUCCUCUCAUGACCUAUGUUCAAGUAUAGUAUUUUUUCAGUGUUGAUGUGCUUGAUUAUGUCAUUACUUUUCAUGUCUUCCCCUGAGUUGAAAGCCUGCUAGGAACCUGUAUGGAAUACAUUUCUAAAUAUUCAGAAUAAGAACCACAAAACUCAGUAUCUUAUAUUUAAAUGCUCCUUAAAUUAUUGGAAUCCAAGUCUCACUCACUAGGAUACAUUUUUAUAAAAUGUUUAUCUGUAUCUUGAAUUGAAAUUACUUGCCCAGAGGCAAGAGUUCUUGGGAUAAUGUGUUUUGAGAAAUUUUUUAAAGGGGAUAAGAAAGCAACAAGUUUAUACUUACCUUAUGGUUUUGAUAUUAGUUAGUAUUUUAAAAUACAUUAGUAGUUCCCAAACCUGACUGUUCAUUAGAAUUACUCUGAGCUUUGGAAAUAGAUUCCUGAGGCCUAACCUCUGCAAAAUUGUCUCAUUGGAUCUAUAGUGGGGCCUGAGAGUUCUGUAUUUCUUUUUUAAGCCCUCCAAAUGAUUCUAAUAACCAGGUUUGGGAAAUCACUGUUUUAAAUGUGACAGUGGUUUGAGAGUAGGCAACAAAAUAAAAGUUUACCGAACAUCUUUGUGGUAGUUUUUCUUUUUCCUUUUAUUUUAAACUGGGACCAGAUUUCACAGAACUUAUUCAAGAUACAUGGAGGAAUAAUAAGGAAGAUUGAAGCUACUGCUCAUUAUCAUUCUUUCAUAAUUUUAAGAGUUUGUAUUCCUAGCACUUGGAAUAGUUGAUCAUAUAUACACAGCUGAAGGACAUAUCCCUGAAUGAGACCAUUAUAUAUAAAUUGUAAAAUAUUUCACUAUUUUUUUAUUUUAUAAAUCUUUGUAGAAAUAAGCAAUGAAAUACUACUUUCAUCUUUUGAAAUGGGAUUUUUCAAGGCACUGUCCUUUUGGCAUUAAGGUAGGGGGGAGUUAAUAUUCUCUCUGCCUUUUUCCAUGUGAAUCAAUAUAAAGUCAUGGACAUUUAAAAAAUCUCAGUUCAAUUUCUACAUAUUUACUAUGCAGUAUAGCCAUGAACAAGCAAUGUAGAUUUAGUUUUCUCAUCUUCAAAUGCCCUGAUCACCCUACCUCACAGGGUUGUUGUGGGGAUAAAUAAAACUUUUAUGGAAA